AUGUCUGCAAGAACGGUUCUGUUAUGGAAUAGAUUGCCAUCUUCAUUAAGUCAGCGUGGAAGGGCUGGUUUCCUGAUUCAUGCAAGGAGUUACAUGGACGACGGAUUCAAAAGACCGUCUUAUCGUGGUGGUAGAAACCCUAACUUUAAUAAUCGGAAUCGGAACAAUAAUAGGUAUGGUGGCAGGGAUAGAGUUCAGAGAAAAGAACACGAUGAAGAUGAUCAUGCAAGUCUCAGUAAAAGUAUCCCCGCAACAUUGAUUCAUGUUCCAAAACAGGCGGAUGCACCAGAGGUAACACUAGAUACUCUUCACAAUGAUGGUGUCCUGCACAAAAUGCUGUACAAGUCUAUAUCAAGAAUGGGAUUUCCUGGAUUAACCCCGGUACAACAGAUGACUAUUAAACCAAUUGUUGAGAGUCUGGAUCAAGAUGUGAUCGCAAGGGCAAAGACAGGAACAGGAAAAACAUUCGCCUUUUUGAUGCCCAUUUUUCAACAUUUGCUUAAUUCAAGAACUGAGUCUCCAUACAUGGUUAGAGCGGUUAUCGUCGCACCUACGAGAGAUUUAGCCCUGCAAAUUGAAUCGGAAGUAAAAAAGAUUUAUGACAAUAACUACGGCUUAGAAAAAUUCGGUUGCAUAUCUUUAAUCGGUGGCACAAAUUUUAGUCAGUACAUGAAGAAAAUGCAUUCAAAUAGACCAAACAUCGUUAUUGCCACACCCGGUAGACUUAUGGCAACAUUGGAAAGAUUUUCAAAUAAAUUUUUCAAACACGUCGACUUUUUGGUUUUAGACGAAGCUGAUAGAUUAUUGGAAAUUGGUUUCAAAGAAGAUUUAGAAUCAAUAUCGAGAACGUUGAAUGAAAAUAAUGCAGCUGGCCCCGAUCACAUCAGAACUUUGCUAUUCUCUGCGACAUUGGACUCAAAGGUACAAUCUUUAGCAGGAAACAUAAUGCACAAGAAGGAAUGUCUGUUCCUUGAUACCGUUGACAAAAACGAACCUGAGGCGCACGAAAAGAUUGACCAAUCCAUGGUAGUGUCAGAAAACUUCGCUCAUAGUGUUUGUGCUGCUAUGGAUCAUAUCAAUAAUAAGAUUGCUUCAUCUCCCAAUUAUAAAGCUAUAUUAUUUUCUCCAACAGUCAAAUUUACUCAAUAUCUGUCCUCGAUCUUGAGGAAAAAAUUCCGCAGUCAAUUACCUAUACUCGAAUUUCAUGGUAAAAUAGAUCAGAAAAAGAGAACAAAUUUAGUUAAGCAGUUCAAAAGAGAGAAAUCAGGUAUUCUUAUCUGUACUGACGUGGGUGCGCGUGGUAUGGACUUUCCAAAUGUUCAAGAAGUUUUACAAAUCGGUGUUCCAUCCGAGCUGGCUAACUAUAUUCACAGAAUCGGAAGAACCGCUCGUGGUGGUCAAGAAGGUGCUUCUACUAUUUUUCUAUGCAAGGACGAAUUACCAUUUGUAGACGAGUUAUUGCAUAGAAGAAACGUUACAAUUGCGAACAAGGAAGAAUACACUCCUUUGAAUGAAACUAUCGAAGGGCUGACUUCCGAGACUGACCCACAAGAGCUUUCUGACGUUAUAAUAAGUGUCCUGUCGUUCUUCAGAACAGCCAUCAAGGAAUACAGAUUCAAGGAAAAUAGGUUACUUCCAAAUGUUGCUUCUGCAUACGGUAUUUUGCUAGGUGAUAAGGAAGCAAAAAUUCCAAUUUACGAUAGAGACAUGCUUCAAAGAUUGGGAAUGAGAAAUUCCUCCUUGACUUCUAAAAUGUUCGACCUUCAGGGAAGUGCUGCUCAAGAAUCAGGGUAUGAAAGAUCAAACAGAGGCUCUUACCAAAAUCAAAACUCUUAUCAUAGAAAUAGAGGGAAUACAAGAUCUCAGAGAUAUAAUCGUGAUGGAGACGAACAAUUUUCAUUCAAUAGGGACAGAAGAUCAAACAGCUUUCAUGACAGAAAGUUCUACCAAAAAUCUCAAGGAGAGAACCCUCGUUACGAUGAAUGA